AUGCCGCUAAGAUGCUCCUCCACAGAGUAUCAGGGUGUCUCUCAGAAAGCCUUACCCGUGAACCUUUAUGAAGCGAGCGGUAAUGAACCCCAAUCCAUCUUGCCGAGAUGGGCCCAACCAGUGAUACCCACUUCCCAGAGCUUGGCUCAAUUUCCCAGGCGAAUGGCCGAAUUGAUGUGUGGUGGCUGUGGCGGCGAUGAUCAGCCUGAUGACUACUUCUCUUUGCCUCAUGCGCAGCCUGAAAUGUAUGAAUCAAGAAAACCAUACUCUACGGAAACGCAUUCGAUGAAUGGAGCUCAAGUGCUACCGGAAACCACUGCGUUUCCUUUGAUCGACGCGAAAGACUUCAGUCAUGGAAUCUUUAGCGAGGAUUCAGUGCACGCCACUUCAAUGCAUGCAACAUUUGCUCAAGAAAUUCAGCUGCAAACCACGCCAGAGCUUAUUCAGGAUGGUUUCAUCUACACCCACAAUACUAUAUUUUCUAGUAUUCUCGCAAAUCAACUUGUGAAGCAAGAACAGGAUCUUCUCAGUUCGCCUGUGUUCGGACAAGGCACCUUGGCAGACAUCCCCCCCUUCUUGAUAGUGUCGCCUGGAAGUCUCAUCGAUCCUCUACAUCAAGGGUCUUGGGCGAACACGAAUAUGCAUGUUCAACAGUCGAACUUUGAUAUUCUGAUGCCGAACCAACGUGGCGGAAAGCGAGGCCCAUUCCGUGAUCCUAACCUUCGGGAGCAGACAGCUCAAACAAGAAAAAUCGGAUCUUGUAUCCGGUGCAGAAUGCAGCGAAUAAGAUGCGAACAUAACCCAGAUGAACCAGGAGGAGCAUGUCUAACCUGCAAGAAAGUUUCCAACACCAAAGCAGGCAGGUUUCCAUGUCUGAGAUACAAAAUUACCGACAUUCGACUUUUCAAACCCGGGCAAGUUCCAGGAUAUGAAUGGACACGGCGGUGGAACAAUAACAUAUCUGAUCCGAUUCAAAAAUGGGCAUCACCUGAUGUCAAGUUUAUCCGCAUCUCAACGAGCUUUUCUACAAAGUGUAUCGAAUUGAAAGUCCGGAAAUUUGUGCCACAAGAGGGCGACAAAUUGGAACGAACGUGGGAUUUUGAAGGAAGAAAGAGGUCGGUGAAAAUCCCGCCUUAUGCUUUGAUGGAUCUAGAUGACGGAAAGUCAGCAUAUAUGUCGCAUAUUCGAGAUGCUAUGGGCGAUACUCUGCAAUAUGUGGCUGAGCGCUCCUGUGGUUUGUUAAAGAAGACGUAUAUCCAGGCGUUCCGAAUGUACCAGGAUCCAUCAAUUCCAGAGGACUGGAGACAACUUUUCGAUUGGACCUUCAGACUAUGGGUCGCUGUUCGACUUUCAACAACCUCAGAGUUUAUUGUCGGCGAAGAAAAGCUAGGCAUGCCAGACAACAUUCUAGACAGCACGAGUUCUCAUAGUGGCAAGAUUCCCGUUCCGCCAGUCCUUGGUGCACAGUUGGACCUUGUCUUGAUUCAUCAUAUCCAAACAAAGCUCAGGCGCGAGUUGCUGGACAAGUUACAAAAAAUGAUUCUGAAGAACAAGCAAAGUACAUGGUUUGUCACGUAUCUGGUGACCCUCAUGUUGCUGCACAAUGCAGCACUAAUUACGGCGCAUGACGCCGCAUAUGCUCGGAAGCAUGGAAUUAAACGUCGAUUUGCACGCGAGGACAAAGUUAAGGAGUACCAUCUUGGCGCAAACAUUCUUCUGGCUCAUUUCCACUACUGUAACAAGGGUUGGUAUCCAUUCUCGGAGGAUUGCAAGGACCAGGAUCUGCGGACACUUGCAGAUCUAAAUGACGACAAGAUUCGGUUUGUGCAUGCGACGAGGAAGUUUGCCAGGGAGCACAAACGAGAAUGGGACAAACUGCGUGAACAAGGAGCUUGGGAAGAUGAUUACUUUUUUGUUAGCCAACUGUUUGAGGAGAACUGGCAUCCCCGGUCUGGUGCAUAG